AUGUCAACGCUCCAAUCGUAUCUCGGUGGCUGUCCCACCGAGAUUCUGUUCAUGGUUUCCAAGUAUAUCGACGAAAUCACCGACAUCAGUGCCCUAAGCUCUGUUUGUCGUCGCUUCCACUGGCUCUUCGGCGACCGUGUUUUCAGGCUCGGCAUCGAGGCAAUUUCCAGAAAAAAGCAGCGGAGCAGGCAGCUGACACUGACGGACCUCUUUCUCCACGCAGUCCGCCACGACUCCAUCAACAUCAUCACCUACCUGACGCUUCGGUCUGACGAGGAGCUCGACUUCAGGGGGGUGAUUCCUAGGCGUAUCUUCCAAAAGCUGAAAAUUACAUUUAUACACCAUGCUCUGGUUGCGGACGCCCCCAGGGUUGCUGCCCAUCUGGCCAAGCACGGGGCCGACAUUAUCCAGGAGGGAUCCCAGUUGUACCCAGACCUAACGCCGCUGGGCCUGACACUCGCACGGCCAAGCCUAGUCACCAGUGCGCGCGAGCUGGACAUUGCUCUCCGGAUCGCCUGCAGCUUUGCUUUGUCCCGGACCACUAGAAUGCUCCUCAUCAGGGGUGUAGAGACGAACGAGCUGAACAAGUACGGCGCCGCACCAAUACACGUCGCCCUAGCCCAGCGAGCUCCCUGGUUCCCCUCCAUUGAAGGUCACGAAAAGGUCUUCAGCAAGUUCUUCGGCCAUUCGUCCUGGGAAAGCAUGGUUGCCAAGACCAUGGAUGCGCUGGUCGAAUUCGGCGCCGACCCGAACCGCAAGUCCGAGACGUCCAGAGCGCAUCGCUGUGGACAUCGCUGCUGGAAGUCGCUCGACUGCGACCACAAGUGCCAGGCGCCGAUGCACCUUGCUGCGGCAAGCGGCAACAACGAAGCCAUCCGCCGGCUUCUGAACUUGGGAGCCGACCCCAUUGCGCAGAACGGGGAGGGCUACACCCCGCUAUACGCAGCCAUAUCGCAUGGCCACCUCGCUACCGCCAAGCUCUUGCUGUCGCUCUACCCUUGCAACACAGAUUGUGACGACUGCAGGAAUCCCAUAGUCCAUGAACCCAGCCGGACCACUGCCCUCCAUGUCGCGUGUCGGUUUGCGUUUCUCGACCUCGUUGACGUGCUGCUGAAGCGGGACCCAGACCCGAACGUGGUGAAUCACUGCGGCAACACGCCCAUCCACGAGGUGCUGGGUCAGACGAACCCAGAAUUGCGGGAUGACGUGGUCGGGUCGCUGAUGGCGCUUGCGCGUGCGGGGGCGGAUGCGUCAACCCCGGCCGCCGGCAAGUGCCCCUACAAAACGGCCAGGUCCCAUGUCUUCCCCGAGGUGCGAGACAUGUUUGUGGAACUCCGGAGGACACUCAUCGGCACGCUCGAGGCGAUUGACGAGGUCUACCGCAGAGAAGGCAGGGACAUCCGCAAGGUCAAGCCCAGGCCCAACCAGCCCCGUCCGUCCAGUCCUGAGUGGACGUACGAGUUCUAUACGCAACAAGCGCCCGACGAGCUUGACGCCGAGAAGCACUUCCCCACCCCGGGCGGCGGCCGUUCAUCGAAAGCAAUGGUGGGAGUCCGCGCCCCGGGAGGCGGCCGUCUACCUAAACCAAAGAUGGGCAUCCUGAUAGACAUCUCGACCGAUGAGCCGACGACCCGCAACAGCGCGCGGUCGGACGCGACAUUCUCAGGUUCCGAGACCACCUCGACCAACACACCGUGGGCGGAAAUGAAAAAGAAGGAGGGAGAUUGGGUCGCCUUGGAGCCGAGCCGGAAGCACCAGCCAGGCCGGGAUACACGCAAGGCGGCGACUGCCAAUGUACCUCCCCUGGGUCCCAACUGGUCUGGCCCUCUGGCCCCUAAAGUUCCUCGAGCCAUGGCUGCGCCACCAGCAGCAUCCAGGCGAGCGGUCGCCCUUCCCAAGAACGGCAGUAGCGCAGCUCCGGCUUUUCCAUCGCUUGGUUCCGGUGGCAAGUCUCGGAACGGCAAUGUCGCGGGAACCGGAGGCGGAGUCAAAAACAGUGCCUGGGUGGGCGGGAAGCCCAACGAGGCGGCGAGGCCUGCCGACAAGCCUCAGAUAGAGACGGAGUCCAAGAAGAGCGGGCGGGGAAAGAAGCAAUGGAAUCGGCUAGAGCUGUGAAGGGGCGAGACUGAGGGUAUGGCGGUAGAUUGCGGGAGUGCUUAGUUCUGAUGGAGCAAGGGCAUGACAGGGUGUGCGUGGAAGACUCGGCCUACCUCUUAUUGAAAACUACUCUCCUCUCCUAGGCUAAAGUAUCUUAUCAGUUUAGUGCCCAAGAUGAAGUAUUUCCAAACG